CAAGAAACACAAAUCCAAACACAAUCGACAAUCUCAAAUCACUAUCUCCUUCAAUCUCCCCUCACUAAUCAAACUCGGUAACAAUCAUCUUGAAGUUGGUCCCUUGAAUCUCAUCUAUUUCUCUAUUUCGUGUCACUCAUUGAAAAACUAUGGCUCCUAAGACUCGCUUCGCCGGAAAAACAAACAAGGAAGGUGCGCCGGAGAAGAAGAAGAAGAACGAGUCUGCGGCGGAGAAGAAGAAAGUUGCGGCGGAGAAGAAGAAAGUUGCGGCGGAGAAGAAGAAAGCUGCGGCGGUGAAGAGGAGGAGAGAAGCCGUGAAAAAAAAAGAGAUGCAGCAAAGAAGAAGACUGAAACCGCAGAAAAGAAGAGGAAGCAAGACUCGUCUUCGUCGGAGUCUUCAUCCAAUCCAACCAAGCGGCGUCGGACCGCAUCUUCACCAGAACAACAUUCCGAUCCCGAUCAUUCCCCGGCACCAUCAGCGGAAUUGCUUUCUCAGGAUGAUAGAGAGGGUACGCCAAGCCCAUCAUUUCCGAUUGAGCCACAAAAAGCACCUACUCAAACACCCAGUGAGGCGGAGAAUCCACUGCAAGCUCCAAUAACUUCUAACAACAGGAAGGAUCCCAACAGAGAGUCACACUCACCAGAGGCUGCCAUUAACAAUGAAGCGCAAAGAACGAUUGGAUCUAACAACAGUGAUUCAAACCCACCUGAGGCUGCCAUUGGAUCUGCUACCAUUGACAAUGACGCGCCAAGAAUGCUGGGGAGGAGAAUAUGGCCGUAGAACCAAUGAGACCUGUUGGUUUUUUCUUCAAGCCAAGUGAUUAUUGGACGGCUUGCAAGCUCUCCUCAAGGUGCCACCAACACGAUUUUCUGGAGACGAUUAAAGACUUUAAGGAGUCAGAGAAGAGUUGGUUUGAGAAUCACCCUCAGUUCAAGCAUUUAUUCCACAUGGAUUGUUGCGAGGAAAGAAAGGUUCAGGGAUUGUGGAUGUUGCUACUUCGUUGUAUGCAUAAAGGAAAGGAGCGACAAGCUUGGUUUGGGGUAAACGGUGUUCCAAUUAGAUACUCUAUCAGGGAACAUGCCCUCCUCUCUGGUUUAUACUGCGGAUCAUACCCUGAAAACUAUCCGAGAAAAGGGAAGAUGAAGUUUGCAACAAAGCAUUUUAAGCACUUGCAGAAGAAGACUAAGGAGAAGAAUAGGAAGAAACAGGGUCUGAGAGUGACAGAAGCGGAUGUCUUAGAGAAGCUUGAGAAGAUGGAAGCUGAUGAUGGUAGUGAUCAGCGUCUGAAGAUGGCGGUUCUUUAUUUUUUGACCAGAGUAAUAAGAGGAAGGAAAAGAAAUGCAUACUUCAUUGAGCCCUUCAUUCUCCAGGCAGUAGAUGAUCUGGAUUUUUGCAACAAGUUUCCAUGGGGCCGUUACACAUUUGAUGAUUGCAUGAAGGAGAUUUUCCACUUGAGGGAUCAUUUCGCUAAAGGGCUCCCAGAGAAUAAUAUGCAGUGGACAUUUCCUGGGUUUGUCACCCCUUUGGAGAUAUUGGCUUUUGAAUGUAUCCCUGUCCUUAGGGAAAGUUUCAGAGAUCCUGAUCCAAACUGUCUCCCAGAUUGCCCAAGAAUGUGCAAAUGGAAGUACAAGAGGACUAGGACAACAGGAUUUGCAUUAGAAGAGAUUUAUAAGGCGCUUGGAAACACAAAGGUGAUUUCAAGUACGCUGAAACCACAGGGAGAUGAACUAGACCUCUUGUAUGAAAUCAUGGAUGAAGGGAGUGUGGAAGACGUGGAGCUGCAAGAUGAUUCAGAUAAGGCAGACAUAGCCGUUGACGGUUGGAACCGGAUCCUUAUAGAACCGGAAGGAAAAAUAUUUUGGGAGGAUCUAUUCGAGAUGGAUGUGAGAAACCGGCCUACCACACAACAACAAUCUGAGCCUCAUGGUAUAUUCGAAGGACAGGAGGAAGAAAGGGUAGGUGAGGAACCCGAGGCAGGGGGCGAGGCAGGCCGUGAGAGUGUAAAAGAGUUGGAAUUGAGAUUGAACAAGAGAAUGGAUGACGGCUUUGCAUUGAGGGACGAAACAAUUCGUCUCUUGGCAGCACGAGUAAAGGAGUUGGAACAAGACAAGAUUCAAAGAGAAAAUUGGUCAUUCCAAUUUGGUGAAUAUGAAACAUGUGAGGCUUCUGGAGGCAAAGGAAGAGAUAAUAUGGGCAAUGGCAAUGAGGAUGGUGAGGCAGUGGCUGAGAAGGAUGGUGAGAAACAGGUCGAAGAAGAGGCUGAGAAGAAUGGCACGAAAGAGGCUGAGAAGGAUGGCGCGAAAGAGGCUGAGACAACACCUGAAGAUGCUGAGGGUGAGGAAGAGGCUGCGAAAGAGGCUUAUGAGGUCGCUGGCAAUGAGGAUGAAGUAGGUCAGAAGGAGGGCGAGACAGAGGCUGACAAGGAGGGUGAAACUGAGGAAGGCAAGACAGAUGUGGAGGACUCGCCAUCUACUCUUCAAGUGAUGGCAGAAGCUGCGGAGAAACUCGAGAAAGAGGUUGAUGAUAAGGCUGCUGCAGAGAAGGCUGCUGAUGAGUUAGCUGCUGCUGAUAAGGCAGCUAGUGAUAAGGAAAAAGUUGGUGAUGAGGAGGAGAUCAGGCCAAAGAGGACCCAUAAACCUUCUCGUCCGCUCAGGUCUCCGUAUCAGAAAAACUAAUAGCUAUUUGGAAUAGCUUUUAAGAACUAAAACUUAUGUUCCAACUAAAACUUAUGACUUAUGUUUCUUUUGAUGCUAAAACUUAUGACUUAUGUUUCUUUUGUGUUAAAACUUAUGACUUAUGUGGAUGUUGUGUUAAAACUUAUGAUAUAUGUUUAUGUUCCUGUUUCUGUUGUA